UGAUGUCUGUGCUGCAUAGUAAGUGACAAAACAGCCUUUCUGUGUGUUUGGCAGGCCGUUCUGGCCACUUGGCUUUGUUUCGGGUUUUAUGCUGGAUCGUUCCCGAACCAUCAAGCCACAUUGACUCAGCAUUGUUCGCGUCAGUCUGUGCGCUUCAUCAAAUCACUUCACUAGGUUGUUGGCAGCACACAGCCCAGUUUGGACUCGUUUUGUGGCGAUAAACCACGGAUGAAGCUCUUAGCGGCCUGGGUAGUCUGCUUUAAGUUUGAGCAAAGGUGUGUCGGCUGUAUUUUCAGCCGGUGUUCUUGGAAGAGUGAUCAAGUUGUUGCACUGAGACUGGAUCACAGAGGAGCAGCUAAUUACAGCCUCUGUACUGUCAACACAUCACCUGAAGAAUGUUCAUCAACAAGAAAAAGCCAUGUAGCAUUUACUAAGCACCUCAAUUGGAUUCAUGAAAUAAUCUGGUACUGGAGAGGACAUGGUCUGAAUUCUGCAUCUGUUGUCAUUGAGCAUCCCAGUUCUGUCUGCAUAAUGCACAUGUUUAUUCAUCGCCAGUGGACUCUAAAAUCACUGCCCCCUGUUGAAUCCAGUUUUUGGACUUUAUCAGCCCCAAAUUAAACACUUUGGGGAAGGGAGCGAGUCCACAAAGCUGAGAGUGUGUGUUCCAUCUUCCUCCUCUUUUCCUCUCCUUGAAUGUAUUAUUGCAAGAUCAUCUACAGCUGAAAUGGAAAGGACUGAAAGUUUGCAGAAGCUAGCACUUUUUCCUUUCGGUAAUAAGUCAACAGCAUUUCAUUUUGGUCCAAUAAAAGUUUUUAUAUAAAACGUUGAUAGAAUCCCAAUUGUAAUCAUGGAGAUAUUUAGAGAAAAAGCAACUUGACUUAAUUUAUUUUUCAUCAGUUUCCUUUUUUUGUAAUUUAUUUAUGUGCUAAAAGUCUAACCCCUAUUUUAUGUUCUGCUAAACACUGUGAUGUAGUUCUUUGACCCUAGAGAAGACUAAUAUAAUAUUUUGAAAGCCAAAUCACUAAAAGAAUCUAGUCUUGGAGAACGAGCUGAACACAGGCACGAAAAGGCCGGAACCCUGGUCACCAUGGCAGCAGAUCACGGCGAACUGCUGGCCGAGAUGGCCACGGUCGGGCGUCUGAGUGCCACGGAGCGCCUGAAGCACGCCCAGAAACGCCGCGCCCAGCAGCUGAAGGCUUGGGCGCAGAUGGAAAAGGACGCGUCCCGAGGAUCCAGGGCCAAAGCGGACAAGAAGAAGAAGCGCACCACAAAAGUGAAGUUCCCCAACUCUGUCACGCUGUUGGAAGCAGCGGCCCGCAAUGACGUGGAGGAGGUGAGAGAGCUGCUCAACACCGGUGUCAGCCCAGAUCUGGUCAAUGAGGACGGACUGACAGCCCUGCAUCAGUGCUGCAUCGACGACUUUGUGGAGAUAGUUCAGUGCCUGCUAGAUGCUGGUGCCUCUGUGAACGCCUGCGACAGUGAGCUGUGGACGCCGCUGCACGCUGCUGCCACCUGUGGACACACUGGACUAGUGCAGCUCCUCAUUCAGGCUGGAGCCAACCUGCUGGCCGUCAAUGCAGAUGGCAACAUGGCUUAUGACCUCUGUGAGGAUGAGGCCACACUGGAGCUGCUAGAGAUGGUUAUGGCUGAGCAGGGGAUAACUCAGAAGCGGAUAGAUGAAUGCAGAGGAGCGAAAGAGCUGACCAUGCUUGCUGACGUCAAGGCUUUGAUUAACACCGGAGCAGAUUUAAAUGCACAAGACAACAAUGGAGCGACCCUGCUCCACAUAGCAUCUGCCAAUGGCUACAUGUCUGUAGCAGAGCUGCUAGUCGACCAAAGGGCUCAGCUGGAACUGAAAGACUCUGACGGAUGGACGCCGCUUCACGCCGCCGCCUGCUGGGGACAGAUCCAAGUGGUGGAGCUGCUGGUGGCUCACGGAGCCAAUCUGAACUCCAAGUCAGUUUUAGAUGAGACGCCGCUCGAUGUGUGUAUUGAUGAGGAGGUCAGAGGCAAACUGAUGGACUUGAAGAACAAACGCGACGCCAUCAUGAAAAGUCAGGACAAGCAGAAGGGCACGCUGCAAAGACGAGUGUCCAGCACCGGGAGCAGAGGGAAGGUUGUGCGUCGGGUCAGCGUGAAUGAACGCUCCAGUCUGUACCGCCGGGAGCACCACAGGGAGGCCAUUGUGUGGCAGGAGCCGGCGACCACGCCUGAACCGCAGGACGACGACGAGGACAGACAGACUGACAUCGAGCUGCUUCAGCAUGCUCACAUGGUUGCUACCGGAGCAGCAAUGACACGCGUGGAGGAACUGGAGGUUGCCGACAGAAAGAUCGCGUCAUCCAGCGUGGGGAACGGGGAGACGUCCGUGUCUCUGGCUUCCUCUGUGCCUGGCGAGCUGUGGAGCGGCGGGGGCCGCAUGGAUCGCAGCGGCGCCUACGAGCUCAGUCCGCCGUCCGGGCAAGCGGAGGGCGAGGGCGCCGACAGCAUGACUCGGGAGAAAUCGCACCACACCCUGGCCGACCUGAAGCGCCAGCGCGCCGCUGCCAAGCUCAAUAAGUAUCCCGCGCCCCCUCCCCCGCUGCCCUCCACCGCCGAGGUGGAGGAGCCUCCUGUCGCCGCGACGACCCCUCAGGUUCAGCCAGAAAUCCAAACGAUCCCGACUCCAGAGCAGCCGUUGUCGUCUCCCAGUCAAGUGUUCUUCACCCCGGCCAGCGGAGAUCCUCCCUUGCUGAAACUGCGGGCCCCCGAGGAGGAGCAGACCAACAAGGAGCCAUGCUGUGGCCUCAUGUAGACGCUCUCUACUGCCUGCAGGGGGCAGAAGCACUCCAAAGUGACAAACACCUUUAAAAACAGACUUUUGAUUGCAAUGCAUCACUGAUGACUAUCAGUUUAGGCCUCAUGCUAUCUGAUCUCUCAACAGAACGUGUAAUGACUACGUUGGCUUAGAAAUUCAAUAUGUAGAUUCUCUAAAAAAUAAUAAACCACAGAGAUAAAGCUUCUGACUCACUAAGGAAUCAAAGUGCCUUGCAAAAUCAGUUACUACAUUUUUUUCACCUUUUAUCAAACCACAAACUUUACUGUAUUUUAUGGGGAUUUCAUCUGAUGUGCACUACCUUGUGUUGGCCUAACUACGUAGUGGAUAGAAAAGCAUAAAUGGUUGCCAAUGUUUCUUUCUUUUUUUUUUCUUUAUUAUAUACAAAUGCAGAUCUGACCUUUGGCUCGUAUUUGUACACUUUGUAUGACCAGCUUUUGCUGUUUUUGCAGCUUUUAUCUCUACCAGCUUUGCACAUCUAGAGAUUUGUCUUUUUCACAUUUUUCACUACAAAUUAGCUCGAGUUCAGUUAUUCUGACGCAUGAAGAUGCUUUUUCGGAGUCACUGCUUUGUUGCUUUGGCUGUGUCUUCAGAAGUUGAAUUUCGACCCCAGAUUCUGGUUUCAUGGCAUUGAUAGUUGUUGGUUUUUUUUCUACCUUUUUCUGUGUUUAGGCUCAUUCAUCUCCCCAUCAAUCUGACCAGCUUUUCUAUCCCUGCUGACAAAAACUAUUCCCAAAGCAUCAUGCUGCCACCACUAUGUGUCAUGUUAGUUUUUCUAAAUGCAUAGAACAAAGGGUUGCAUUUUGGUCCUCCUUCCAAUAACAGUUUUUUCUUACCAGUCUUUCAUAAAAGGAAAGAUUAGUUGAGAGCUGCCUUGUCAACAGAUUCUCCCAACUUCAUGUUCAUGAUGCUGUUUAUCUAAUAUUCUCUUAAGUCUCUUUACUCAACAAGCGACUGAAAGCACUUGACCGCACUGAAUUUUGUGUAAGGAUAUUAGAUUAAAAGGAGCUGAGCACAAAAUCAAACCACACUUCUUAUUUUAUUUGUACACACAUUAAAGACAUUCAUUGUUUUCAUUCCGUUUCUGUUGUAAAUCACAUAAAAUCCUAUCAAAAUGCAUUUGUUUGUGGUUUUAAUGUGACAAAAUGUGAACGGGUUGCAGGGUGCAGGACAUGACUUUAAUAAAUGGUGAUGGUAUCAACUUUGUAGGGAGUUGAUAUUCUUGAUUUGGCCAAAACUACUGUAAUAUGUGAUGCAAAAACUCACUGGUGGGCGCUUUCCCCAUAUUUUUCUUUUUUCCCCAUUUUAUUUUUUUUUACGCUUUCUUAAAUACUUUACCCUCAUUCACAAAUAUUUGGGAAAGGAGAAUUAAAGUACAUCUUUAAAAUCAUGAUUUGGUUUACAUUUUAAUUUUAGAUACUCGCAUAUAUUCUACUUCUAGGCAUGUUUGCAAUGUUAAGCAUUAAACUGUGUUUAAUGCCUAACAUGCCUAAUGGCCAAAUGUCUCACUAGGCUACAGCAUGGCCUAGUGACACAUUUCCCUCUCAGAUAUUUAUUCUAAAACAUUCGAAAUGCGGAGGAACAUUCCCAUUGCACGUUUUCAGGUGAGACUGGGCUGCCCCGUGCCAAUAAUGGUUUGAUGUCCAGUUUGUCUAUUUCACCCAUUUUCUUCUUCUUCGUUCAGCCUACAUGCUCCAGCUUUGCCCCCCCCUGCUCGGAGGCAUUUGUUUCUGUUGAAUGUAAAGUUUUGAACUCAGGAGAUCUCCAGUAUCCAGUUUGCCUAGAAAUGUGAGUCGGCAUAAACAUGAAGUUGUCUACUACUUAAACUAAUUUCUCUUGAUACGGAAAGAGGUCUUUUUUAAUGACUGGUACAAAGUAUGUGGAUACAUUAAAGAUUUUAUUUUAUUUUUUUUAAUGUUUGGAUUUCUGAAUGAUUUACAGCUUUGUAUUUUGAAUUUAGAAAAAUGCUUGUUCUUUAGCAUUCAAAAAAUUUACAUUUCAAUAUUGUAAUGGUGCAAUUUGUACAUUUAUUUUCCUUUGAUAUGAAAUUAUUUCUCUAAGUCAAUGUACAAUUUACAUUUGUCAAAACCUAUUCUCUGUUCUUCUAUCAGUAUUUGUUUUUCUACUCUCAGAAUUUAAUCACAUUAUUUAUUUGUCUUACUUUGGAGGGGGAUGGGGGGGCGAACAUCUUUUAAAGAUGAUGACAUGAAGGAAAAACUGAAAGAAAAAUAUUUUUGCAUUCACACAAUGAUCAAAGAGUUACUUAAUUGUCACAUUGAUAAUCAGAGUUUUGUGCCUUCAUUUGGUGGCUGGUUUGCAGUUGGUGCACAAUGACCCACAAAUGACGUCGGUGAGCUUUGAGAUUAAAUAUGAUGGACUUGAUGUGCAUUUUAAUGUACCGUUUACUGUAAAACAUCACUGUUUUAUUUUUAUUGAUUGAAAAAAAAGACCUAAAUACAUUGUUUUCACAAAUUAAUUUUGUAUUUCAAUAUUGCAUAAGCACUUAGCACAUCUGGAUAGCAUUCCUACAGAUUACUAAGAUUAUACAUACUAUACUUCAUCCCAGGGACUAAAUACGAUGUAGAAAAAUUC